AUCUUUCUACACUUCACGUUGCUGUCACAAACGAUCGAACCAACUCAACCAAAUGCUGUUCAGCACGAUUCUCUUGAGUCUUUGCGCUCUCGCCGCAGCUCACCCACCAUAUCACAAACCCUCCAGCACCUCCAGCAUCCCUUUCCCCGUAACCUGCCCAGCCAGCACCCCCUACACGACAGUCUACGUCACCACAGUUACCCAAACCAUCUCCACAACCGCCCUCCGCGAACGCAACUGUCCCUCCUUCUACACCGAAGUCGACACCCCUGCCCCGUGGAGCACGUGCACUUUCAACACAAAUACGUGUACGCGGCAAAUGUGCUUGAUGUUGAGCACAAUUACGCAGCCGUGUAUUACUGAUAAGUGCUGCACAAGGACGGCGACAGAUACGAGUUAUCAGAGCUGUCCGACGAAAUGUCCCGAAGGGUGUGGGACCUCUUGGACGGUUGUUAGUGCGAGUUGUACGACUACGAGGCCCGUUCCGACGGUUACAGUUGUUUAGGUGUUAGUUGAAGGUUGGGUACGGUACGGUCACUAGUGAGAAAGGUUAAAAAAUAUUGCAAAUUUGGUUUUUGAGUUGGUGUUGUUGAAGAUUGGCGACGUUAGUUUUUCUAAACAGCUUGUCCUGCUUUGGACCGUGGAAAAAUCACAUUUCUUGAAGCUCGCCCAAGCGUUCCUGAAGCAAAGAAACGUGUCCAUGAAUGACACGUUCGAG